AUGAGGAUGCCUAUCAUUCUUGCCUUGUCCAACCCAACGUCGCAGGCUGAGUGCACUGCUGAACAAGCUUACACAUGGAGCAAGGGUCGAGCAGUGUUUGCAACUGGAAGCCCAUUUGAUCCAGUGGAGUACAAUGGCAAGAUACAUGUGCCUGGCCAGGCGAACAAUGCAUAUAUCUUUCCAGGGUUUGGCCUUGGGGUGGUGAUGUCUGGGGCAAUCCGUGUGCAUGAUGACAUGCUUCUUGCAGCCUCCGAGGCUCUGGCUCAGCAGGUCACACAGGAGAAUUUUGACAAGGGGCUCAUUUACCCUCCCUUCUCAAAUAUCAGAAAGAUCUCUGCUCACAUCGCGGCCAACGUUGCAGCAAAGGCAUAUGAACUUGGUUUGGCGAGUAGGCGCCCUCGGCCGAAGGACCUGGUCAAGUGUGCAGAGAGCUGCAUGUACAGCCCGAUUUACCGCAAUUACCGGUGA